UGAGCCGUUGAAUUGUAAUCCAGUAGCACUAGUACCCACCCACGUGUCUUGGGAUUGGGAUGGGAGAAGACAAAACAAAUUAAGUUGCUUCUGCUGCUGCCUAUACUCACUCACUCAGAUACUCUCCCAGUCUCCCCUAAACCCCAAUUCAAUGAAUCAUUGAGUUAAGAGUGUUGAGUGCAAACCAAGUAGGGAAUGGAUUCUUCUGUGCGUGUAUUGCACUGCCAAUUGCAGAUCACCCAUCCUUCUCGGAACCGUAAGCAAUUCAGAUUCCACCUUCCCUCAUCCUUCUCCAUCCCUCGAAUCCCUCUUCUUCUUCACCGUCACAAUCACAAUCACCGUCACCGUCUCCGUCUCCCUCCUGCACUUGUCUCCUCCACACAAACUAGGGAAGAAGGAAAGAAAAAAAGCACGAAAGAGAAAGUCAUGCUGCACGUUCGAUUAGAUCACCAAGUUGAGUUUGGUAAUCAUGUUGUCAUUCUAGGAUCAACCAAAGAAUUGGGAUCGUGGAAGAAACAUGUUCCCUUGAAAUGGACACCGGAUGGAUGGGUAUGCGACUUGGAAUUAAAAGGGGGCGACCACAUUGAGUUUAAAUUCGUGAUAGUCAGCAACGACAAGAGUUUACUUUGGGAAACUGGGGAAAAUAGAGUCUUCAACUUGCCCGACCAAGGUCAUUUUGGGACUGUUGCUACAUGGAACGCAACGCACGAGAAUUUGGAGCUACUACCUUUGGAUCAUGCCCAUGCCCAUGCCAGGGAUGAACAAGAUCACAACAAUUUCGGAUAUAUUGAGUCUGAUGAGGAGGCUAAUGGUGCUCCUCCUCCUCUUUUGGAAGCAGAGGCAGAGGCAGAGCCAAGUCCUUUUGUUGGACAGUGGCAAGGUAAAGCUAUUUCUUUCAUGCGAUCCAACGACCAUCGGAGCCAUGAAGCAGAAAGAAAAUGGGACACUUCGGGUCUUGAAGGCUUGCCUCUCAACUUGGUUCAAGGUGAUCAAAACGCAAGGAAUUGGUGGAGAAAGCUUGAAAUUGUACGUGAUAUUAUAGCUGAAAGUCUGCAAGGGGAAGAUCGAUUGGAGGCUCUCAUAUACUCUUCUAUCUAUCUGAAGUGGAUAAACACGGGGCAGAUAGCUUGUUUUGAAGAUGGAGGUCACCACCGGCCCAAUAGGCAUGCUGAGAUUUCAAGGCUUAUAUUUCGUGAAUUAGAGCAACAUACGAGUCGGAAGGAUAUAUCACCCCAGGAAGUUCUAGUCAUUCGUAAGAUUCAUCCAUGUUUGCCAUCUUUCAAAGCAGAAUUCACUGCAUCUGUUCCUCUGACUCGAAUUAGAGAUAUUGCUCAUCGAAAUGACAUCCCGCAUGACCUCAAGUUACAAAUUAAGCAUACAAUUCAAAACAAGCUUCACCGAAAUGCUGGUCCUGAAGAUUUGGUUGCUACAGAAGCUAUGCUUGCUAAAAUCACAAAGAACCCUGGAGAAUAUAGUGAAGCAUUUGUGGAGCAGUUCAAGAUAUUUCAUCGAGAACUCAAAGACUUCUUUAAUGCUGGCAGUCUUGCCGAACAGCUAGAAUCAAUUCGGGAAUCCAUGGAUGAAUAUGCCAUGUCAGCACUUAAUUCAUUCUUGGAGUGCAAAAAGAAUAUGGAUGCUGCGGCAGAAUCAACUACUGAUGCAGAAGAAAAAGGAAUUAGACUUUUAUUUAAAACCAUGGAAUCGUUGAAUGCUUUGAGAGAAAUUAUUGUAAAGGGCCUUGAAAGUGGCCUCAGGAAUGAUGCUCCAGAUUCCGCAAUAGCUAUGCGUCAAAAGUGGCGCCUCUGUGAGAUUGGACUUGAGGAUUACUCAUUUGUUCUUUUAAGCAGAUUUCUCAAUGUGCUUGACGUUAUGGGAGGUGCUCGUUGGUUGGCUGCAAAUGUGCAGUCCAAAAAUGUAAACUCAUGGAAUGAUCCCCUUGGGGCCCUUAUUAUUGGAGUCCACCAGCUGAAGUUAUCAAGUUGGAAGCCUGAAGAAUGUGAUGCUAUUGAAAAUGAGCUCAUUGCCUGGAGUAAAAGAGGCCUUUCUGAAAGGGAAGGAAAUGAAGAUGGCAAGACGAUUUGGACAUUGAGACUGAAAGCCACCCUUGAUAGAUCAAAGAGGCUAACUGAUGAAUAUACUGAAGAACUUCUUAAGAUAUUCCCUCAAAAAGUCCAGAUGCUAGGCAAAGCUCUAGGAAUCCCGGAAAAUAGUGUCAGGACAUACACGGAAGCUGAGAUUCGUGCUGGUGUGAUUUUUCAGGUUUCAAAACUAUGUACUCUUCUUCUAAAGGCUGUUAGAAGCACACUUGAUUCUCAAGGUUGGGAUGUUCUUGUUCCAGGAGCUGUUAUAGGAACAUUGGUUCAGGUUGAAAAAAUUGUUCCUGGAUCGCUACCAUCACCAGUGGAAGGACCCAUUAUCCUUAUUGUUAACAGAGCUGAUGGUGAUGAAGAGGUAACAGCUGCUGGGAAGAACAUAGUGGGAGUUAUACUUCAGCAAGAGCUGCCUCACUUAUCUCACCUGGGUGUUAGGGCCCGACAGGAAAAGGUUGUCUUUGUCACUUGUGAAGAUGAUGAAAUAGUUGCUGAUAUAAAAAGGCUUGUUGGGUCACGUGUGAGGUUGGAAGCAUCCACUGCCGGUGUUAAUUUGACGUUGUCCUCUUCAGUUGACCCUGAUGGCAAUUCUUCCGUUAAAAGUGCUUCUGAUGACAGUUUCUCUGGAGUUGAGGUUCCUUCUUUCUCUGCUGGUAGAAUUUCCAAUUUCAAUCAGGGUGCUUCUUCCGGAGGAAUUAUCUUGCUUCCUGAUGCAGAGACACAGACUUCCGGUGCAAAGGCUGCUGCAUGUGGUCGCUUGUCAUCAUUGUCUACAGCUUCUGAUAAAGUUUACAGUGAUCAGGGAGUACCUGCUUCUUUUCGAGUUCCUUCUGGGGCAGUUUUACCAUUUGGAUCCAUGGAAUUGGAGCUAGAGAAGAGCAAUUCCACUGAAACAUUCAGGUCCAUACUCGAAAAGAUAGAAACAGCAACACUGGAGGGUGGUGAACUUGAUGUUCUAUGCCAUCAACUCCAGCAAUUGAUUUCUUCCUUGAUGCCAUCAGAAGAUCUCAUUGAAAGGAUUGGGAGAAUAUUUCCAAGCAAUGCACGUUUAAUUGUUCGAUCCAGUGCCAACGUUGAGGACUUGGCUGGAAUGUCAGCGGCAGGACUUUAUGAAUCAAUACCCAACGUUAGUCCUUCCAAUCCAACAGUUUUUGGAAAGGCAGUUAGCCAAGUAUGGGCUUCACUGUACACACGGAGGGCAGUUAUGAGCCGUCGUGCUGCUGGUGUGCCUCAGAAGGAAGCUUCAAUGGCAAUUCUGAUCCAAGAAAUGCUUUCACCAGAUUUAUCAUUUGUACUACAUACUGUCAGCCCAACAAACCAGGAUAAUAAUUAUGUGGAAGCUGAGAUUGCUUCUGGCCUUGGUGAAACUUUGGCUUCUGGAACCCGGGGUACACCAUGGCGUAUAUCAUCUGGGAAAUUUGAUGGGUUAGUGCAAACGCUGGCUUUUGCAAACUUCAGCGAGGAAUUGCUGGUACGUGGUGCAGGGCCUGCCGAUGGGGAGGUUCUCCGUUUGACUGUGGAUUACAGCAAGAAACCAUUGACAGUUGACCCGGUUUUCCGUCGACAACUUGGUCAACGCCUUUGUGCAGUUGGGUUUUUCCUCGAGAGAAAGUUUGGUUGCCCUCAAGAUGUGGAAGGAUGUCUUAUUGGAAAAGACAUCUUUAUUGUCCAGACACGACCCCAACCCCUGUAGAAAUCUUUUGUCUGUAAUUAUUAGUGUUUGUUGACACGGUGGCCUCUUGAAAUGGUUACGGCACAUGGGAUUGGGAUAUAUAUAUACACAAACAUUAGCCUUUAAUCUGGAUAUUUUACGUGGAUGUGUGAACCAGUUACUGCACCCUUAGUUGAUGGGAAUUUCUUAGAUUAGACACCUAAUAGAGGAAGACAUACUUCUAUAUGGCACCAACUAAGCUGUCUUGUAUGCAGGUGAUGGAAGUGGAAUGAAGUUAUUCUGAAGGAAGUUAGUCGUAUGCCUGUGGUUUUAAUUACUCCUUUUAUAUGAGAUCACACGUCACAGUUGGCCUGUGUACUGUAUCGUAUAUUGAUGUAAUAUAUUUUUGUUCAGAGAACUUAAAAGAAUGUUGAGAUAUAACAUAUGUGAUUUGCAAAUGCAACAAUGGGAAGCCAGCUAUUGGUGUUUGAGAAGUGAAACACAUCAG